AUGACCGAUAUUGGCCCCGGAAAGCCGGGAGCUGAAGUGCAAACGUCUCGAGAUCUGCCUCCUGCCCGGCUCUGGAGCGCGCAGAGGAGAGGAAAGAGAAUUGGGGCUGGCGGGCAGAGGGCUAAACUGUUGCCAAGGCAACCAGGAAAAGCAAUCGAGCUCAGAGUCCAGCUUUAUCAGCAAGGCCGGCUAUGCCAGCUGGGUAGUGAAUUCUGCGAACUAGAAGUUUUCGCGAAGGUGCUUCGAGCUUUAGAUAAAAGACAUCUCCUCCAUCACUGUUUCCAGGCUCUGAUGGAUCAUGGUGUCAAAGUGGCCUCCGUCUUGGCCUAUUCGUUCAGCAGGAGGUGUUCCUACAUAGCGGAAUCGGAUGCUGCUGUAAAGGAAAAGGCGAUCCAGAUCGGAUUUGUCUUAGGUGGGUUCCUCUCAGAUGCCGGUUGGUACAGCGAUGCCGAGAAGGUCUUCCUUUCCUGCCUUCAGCUGUGCACCCUUCACGAUGAGAUGCUGCAGUGGUUUCGUGCUGUUGAGUGUUGCGUGAGGUUGCUCCACGUCCGGAAUGGGAACUGCAAGUACCACCUGGGAGAGGAAACGUUCAAACUAGCUCAGUCUUACAUGGACAAGCUAGCGAAGCACGGCCAGGAGGCCAACAAAGCGGCAUUGUACGGGGAGCUGUGUGCUCUGCUCUUUGCCAAGAGCCACUACGACGAGGCGUACAAAUGGUGUAUAGAAGCCAUGAAGGAGAUCUCGGUGGGCUUACCUGUCAAGGUGGUUGUGGAUGUGUUGCGGCAAGCGUCGAAGGCUUGUGUUGUAAAACGUGAAUUUAAGAAAGCCGAACAGUUGAUAAAACACGCAGUUUACCUAGCACGGGAGCAUUUUGGAGCCAAACAUCCAAAAUAUUCAGACACACUACUAGACUAUGGGUUUUAUUUACUCAACGUAGACAACAUCUGCCAGUCAGUUGCAAUUUAUCAGACGGCGCUCGACAUCAGGCAGUCCGUGUUUGGCGGCAAAAACAUCCACGUAGCUACGGCGCACGAAGACUUGGCUUACUCCUCUUACGUGCACCAGUACAGCUCGGGGAAAUUUGACAACGCGCUAUUCCACGCAGAACGUGCCAUUGGCAUCAUAACCCACAUCCUUCCAGAAGACCAUCUUCUCCUCGCCUCCUCCAAAAGAGUGAAAGCGCUCAUCCUGGAGGAGAUUGCGAUCGAUUGUCACAACAAGGAGACGGAGCAGCGGUUGCUGCAGGAGGCCCACGACCUGCACCUCUCCUCGCUCCAGCUCGCCAAAAAGGCCUUCGGAGAGUUCAACGUGCAGACGGCGAAGCACUACGGGAACCUUGGCCGACUGUACCAGUCGAUGCGGAAGUUUAAGGAAGCAGAGGAAAUGCAUAUCAAGGCCAUCCAAAUCAAGGAGCAGCUUCUGGGCCAAGAGGAUUACGAAGUGGCGCUUUCCGUGGGACACCUGGCCUCUCUCUACAACUACGACAUGAAUCAGUACGAGAACGCCGAGAAGCUUUACUUGCGAUCCAUCGCCAUCGGGAAGAAGCUUUUUGGGGAAGGUUACAGUGGACUGGAAUAUGACUACCGGGGCCUCAUCAAACUGUACAACUCCAUCGGCAAUUAUGAGAAAGUAUUUGAAUACCACAACAUUUUGGCCAACUGGAAUCGGUUGCGAGAUCGGCAGUUUUCAGUUACAGACGCCCUGGAGGAUGUAAGCACCAGCCUUCAGUCCACCGAAGAAGUCGUUCAGUCUUUCCUGAUUUCUCAGACAGUCGAGGAACAGAUUUGCUAAGGACCUUGGUCAAGUUUACCAACUGCUACAUUUUUCUCUUCAUUUUCCCCAAAAUUUACAUGGGAAAAGUCAUACUGUGAAAUCUGAAACCAUGUCUUUUUUUUCUCCAAAAGGGGGUUGUAAAAAUUGCAUUGAAACACUGGUCCAGCCCAUAAAAAUCCCGUCUUCUGGGGUGAUCGCAACUUCUGAAGGAGUGACCGUACCAUACAGAGAAAUGUGUGCUAAAAACCCUUAACCAGCAAAAGUACAGAGUGCUUUCCUUUGGCUCACGAGAGAGAGAGAUACACACAUACACCUAAUGAUGUUCUCUAUUUUUAAUUUUUUUGUCCAGAAGCAUCCACUUCACAGGAAAUACCUGCAAGAUUAGUCAGAAAUAAAACCAUUUGCCAGUUUAAGUGUUGCAUUUUUAAUCGCGAUGGAGGGUGCCACCUGGCUUGUAGUUCUGAUGAAGCGAAGUCCGACGUUAUUGUGUAGUCGUGGUCUUGAUGCAGUAAAAACCGAACCAGCCCUGUCCCGAUCAGGGUGCAUCAUUGAAACUUCUGUCACAGAGAUUCCCAUGCGCAUGUGCACACAGAAUAGUAGGGAGAAGAUCUUUCUCGAUGCCUCGUGCUACCCGAUGCGGAUUUCUGGCAUGGGAUUUGCUCUUGAGAAGCCACAUUUGCUCUCGACCUGCUGCUGUUUUUGCUUUCAAGAGGCAUCGGAACUGGACCAGUAGUCACCCAGAAUCGCUAACCACCAGUAGAAUAUUUAGUCUUGGCCUUCUUCCUUUGUUCUUUGGUACAGGGCAGGAGUUUUCUGUGACAGGACCAGAAGAAGUAAAGCGGACCAGCCUCGCCAUGCAGAGAAGAUUCUUGGACCAAUGGCUUUUUAACCAUUUCUGUCCCCAGCAUUCAUUUUUACCCUGUAGGAUUAUUUCAGCGGGGGUGUAUUUCCAGUGAUAACAGACACUUUAUAUACAUGUAAUAGAUAACAAAACUAGGAGCUACAUUCUUUGGUGGUUGCAAAGGCAUGUCUUUUAAAGUUCUGCGGUUAUACAGGUAAACUAGAUGUUAAUGCCAUAAGAAGAAACUUUUAAAUGCUUUUCUCCUUUCCUCCCCUCUGCCCUUCAGAAUAGGCUUUCUCAAAAGGCUGCAACUUGCUUGUGCUAACUAGAGUUUGUAUGUGUGUGCGCUGAAGAAUCUGGUUUUAUUUUAUUUCAGUUUCUGAAGUUGGCAAUUCCUUGUGCAGCUUGCAGGGGUCAGUGGGCAAUGCCAAAAAAGCACAACAGGUCAGUCGGUCUGUCUGUCUGUCUCUCUCUCUCUUGCUCUCUCUCUCUGUGUCCCCCCAGCUACUUUUUUAUGUUCAGCAAAAACAGCCGGAGCCCGUUUGCUUUAUAUUUAAUUUUUUUAAAAAAUGUCUGUUAUAUGUUUAAGAGCAAAACAAGAUAACUAUGCCUGUCUCACUAGCUUGUCUUAAUUUUGGGGUGUGUGGUUUGGAUAUUUCGUUUUUCCCAUUAUUUUCUUUGAACUGAACCAUCUUUUAAUGUUGAGGUAAUAAUUGAAAUGUUGAAAGACCUAUGUAGCAUAUUCUCCCCACCCCCCAGAUUGGAAAGGAGAAAGAGAAUUGUUUAUUACCUCAGUUCUUAAUAUGGAGGCACAAGCGGUGCGUGUCUCUGUAGUUAAGUAUAUUUGUCGGGUGGUCCCCCUAUUUUCAGGGGUUCUAUAAGUUGCCCAGGGACAGAGGUUUCGUUACCGAAAGCCUCUCUAGUAUUUAGAGUGAUUCACUUCUCUUUAAUUUGUGAUUUCGGGGCUGGAGGUCUGUCAAGUUGAAGAGCGCAGUAAAGCCUAGUGGUCGGUGACUUCAGAUAUUUCUCUUAGCAAUAGCUUUGGCUUUUAACCUGGAAUAGCGCAGGCUGAUAGUUGUUGUUUUAAACGAGUGCCUUUUAAAAAUACUUCCUCUCACGGGGGUGGGGGAGCGCCUCGUUAACACCAGGCUCGAGACGAGGCGGUCGAUUCCGGGAGCGUGUGCUGGGUGGCUCUUGCGCGGAGAGACGGGGGCGAGGCUCCGCAGGGCUUACCACCGUAGGUCAGGCCUGGCCUUCCUGCACAGUGCGUUCUGGGCGGAUUCUGCCCUGUGAGCCUCCAGAAGGUGGGUGAUUGCAGGCAUUUAGUUUCCAAACCAACCCAGAUCCCAGUUUGCACAGGAGCUGCACCCCGAAGUGCUGCUAUGGAGGGGGUGGGCCCCACCUCCACAGGGGGCUCGAGGACGGUAAGGUGUCUGUGUCAAAAAAUGGUCUAGGAAAGAGUUCUUAAUGUUUUUACACCCUGUUUUCCCCCCGGUCAUGUCCGAGUCUGUAGGAGUUUGCCAGUCUUAAUCCCGUAGGUGCUAAGGAUUUGGAGGCAGACUCUGGGAGGCUUCUCAACGAGACUCUAGUCCAGUGCGCACAGAGCAGCCCAGAGCUUCGGAGGAGUGCAGUGGAUUCGCGCAAAGCCCCAGAGUCCCCGUACUAAAAUCUCAGUACACUAAGGGAGCCCUUCUGCGUUCUCAGGUAAUACGGGGCAGGACAUCCCAUUCCUUUAAAAGGCAGCCCAGCUGGAUCAUUUCUCUUGGCCUGCAGGCUGCUGCAAAACUGAAUUUUAAAAAGCUAGCCCAUUGUAUUCCGAGCUCGCACCGUCAGCAUCCCUAAAACAAAUUGCCAUUUUGAAUGCAAUAAUAUUAAUUGUAUAGCCUUAAACAAGAGAUUACUGUAACUCACAAGCCCUCCCCAGCUGGGUGCUCUCCAAGUCUGUUGGACCACAGCUUCCAUGAUCCCCAGCCAACAAGGACCAGUGGCUGUGUUGGCUGAGGAUGAAGCGAAUCAUAGUGCUCACAUGGUCAAAACCAGGAUGGGAAAGACUGAGAAAAUCUGGUGAUGGAAGGAAUAGGAACAGAAGGGAGAGAGCCCUUGCACCUUGCUCCGCAUGGAACUGAACUCCCAUUCUUAAUGUGUUGGGGUCACUUUAUUAUCUUCCGUGCGGUUGCUCUGGCGUAACCAGAGACUUGUCUAAACUUGCUCAUCCCCCAACAGAACAAUUGGUUUUAGAAGCAGAAUUAGGAAAUGACUGCAUUUUCCACCUAUGGAGACCAGUGAAGCCUAGCAAGAACUCUUUAACAUAACCAGUUUUCAUACCAGGCAGUGAUAGGCAACCCGACUGACAGAUUGGAUAGAAGUACAGUGAUAUAGAAGGUGGUAUUGCCAUGACCUGUAUAGGAAUAAAUAGUCACCAUCACCUUUCCAGAAACAGACCUGAGCAGAAGGGGUGAUUACUGUGCUUAAAGAAUUGUAAUUCUGCCUCCUGCAUUCUUAGUCCCCCGGUCAGACGGCAUUAGGGUCCUGUCCUCCCUUGAACUCACUGGCAGAAGAAACCUUGUGCAAUUCCUAGUAACCACAUUUCCUUAAUGGAGGGCGGGGUCUGGAAAAUGUCUUGUACCUCCCAUUUUGUGCCCCCCCCCCUAAUUUGGGGUUGGUUAUUCAGCAAGGCCACAGGAUCUCAAAAGUCUCUGAAUGUAUAUUUCUGGGGUGCCUCAAACACGCAUUAACCCGUCGUCUGUUGCUGUUCCCAGACUCUUCGGGUCUUGAUGUACACAUGCAGCAGAACGGGUUGGUAGGAGGGACUGUACCACAUCCGGAUUGCAGCAGGAGAGUUCACAUACUGGAACGCUCUUCUACAUGAAAGAGUCCCAGGCUGCAGGUAGACUAUUACAAGUCUGAUGGGCUUGCUUUUUAACUGCAGGGGAGCGCUGUGUGUGUUUGCCGUUUCCUAUUUAAAAGUGGCAUUUUCUAGCAGCUGUUGUGAAGUGCUCCAGUCCAGAAUCCCACCAGCUUGUUCUGCUGAAAAUGUCCUUCUUGAUUCUUGGUAGAAAUGGACCUUUUGGGGGGAAAUCCUCAUCCACUAAGUCACAGUCCUUCUGCUGGUUUUGACUUUGCCAUCUUUUUCCAGAGCAACAAGACGUUCCUGAAUGUUGGUGUCUCCUGGUAUUAUCCCUUGUCUUUGACUGCAUCAGUCAAAGAUGCAGAGUGUAAAAAAAUGUGGGUCGGGGUGUGUCAUUUUGUCCUCAGUGGAAUAUUGUUAAGCAGUUGUUUCUCUCCCCUCCAACCCCAGUCAAGCGUAAAAUCCAAUGCAAGGACUGCCCAAUCUCUAAAUCAUGUCAGCCGAGUCCUGGAAUGGGUCUUGCAUUAUUCUACGCCAGUAGGAGAAAGUUGCUUGCUGGAGAUGCAUUGGUGCUGGAGGGUUAUAGAAACUUAACACAGAGGUUUCUCAAGUUUGCUUUAACAAAAUUUACUUUUCGUCAGGAAAACCUUAAAUUUAGUGUAACCCACCUCCCCCAUGUCCCAAUGAUGACAAAGGGGAUUGUCUUGAUUUUUCCAGUGUGUCUGGGUUGCAUAUUUUUGUCGGGCAAUUCUCAGAGCUGACUCCCCAGUUAUUAUUGCGCGCGCGUGCGCGCGCACACACACACACGUACGUACGUUUUAGUUCACAUGGGAGUUUUGUGCUCCAAGCUCCUGGGCCUCUGACUUUUUCAGCACCCGUGACUUUGCAAGUAAUGAAACUUUUGUGGGGGUGAAUGUAACAGCGAUGAAGAUCUUUAUUUCCUGACUGAUCCAUGUUAGUACACAUGAGUAGGCCGCUCCCACAGAAGGAAUAAUCUAGAAACAGAUCUUGCACCUCUAUAAUUAAGCAGUAUUUAUGGGAUUGCUUUUUUGUUUUGCAAGAUUAUGCGUUUAAGGUGUUUGUGAGGUCUUUGGUCACUACUUUUGUAGAAGGCUGUUUCACCAGGAGUGAAUGUUUUGGUAGCCAGAAGAGCAUUUAUGGUGCCAUUCCCUGAAAAGGUAGAAUAUCUUACGGGGAAUUCGUUGUUGCCCUCUGGAUAGGGAUUUAUGAUUUUGACGUGGGCUUUCGUUUCCGCGCAGUUUCAUGUACAAAGAACAACUAAUUACAUAUCAAGGACUGCUUUGGACAGCUGUUCUGCUUUGCUUGCUCUUUAGCUGAUUUCAGGGCAGUAGGACGUUAAGCAUCAAGUGACUGGUCCCUUUGAGAGAGGGGAGUUAUUUUCCCAUACACCCAUGUGGUAUGUUGAAGGGAAGAAGCAAGAAGAGCUUCCCAUCCACCUGCUAUACCAUCACCCAAAACCUCCUGCCCUAGAACCUGAAAACAAAAUUUCUUCUAAUACAUAAGAUUCACAUUCUAACCGCCUCUCCUUUCUAAAAUGCUUUGUAGCUGCGCUAAAGUGGUUUGGUUCCCAUUGAAAGGGGAAAGUGCCCUGCAGCUCGGCUGCAUCAUACAGAAACAUGAGUGUGUUUAAACUCAUGCACGUGUGUGUCUGGGUCAAUGCAGACUUUACGUGCAAAGCAAUUCUGGCGUUUGCACCAUCUGGACAUCUUUGCUCCAGUGUCUGUGAGUCCCAGGUUCCACCCAUAUUUUUACAGCUCAGAUCGACCAGUAACUUUGCUGCAGUGUGAAGAGUUUCUUUUCACAGUUCAUUUUGUCAAAAUGUUAAUAAACUCGCCAUACACCAUCCUGAAACCAAACAGUUUUAAAAGAAAGAAUGAUUUUUGGAAGAAUCUUGUAUUUGUUGUACAUGGCUGCCUGUGUGUGUGUGUGUGUUCAAACCUUAUUUGAAAUAUGCUUGGAAUAGGUAGGGCUCUAGGCGAGCUGAACUGUUCAGAGUGAAAAAUAUCUGAACUGCCCUAUGGACAAGUUGUCAUGGAGAGCCCUGUUUGUCUGCGUCAAGGCACACUUGUUAAACUGAAGCUGAGAUAGCAAACUUGACAUUAAAUCUUUCUAAAAUCGUUAUGGAUUAAUACACAUCUGCUUCUGAGAUCCUCACGCCACUGCACUAUGAAAUGGUGCUGCUCACACCUCUUGGAACAGUUCUGUCUUGUAGAUUUUAACUGUUCACCUUGUACAGAAACCAAUUCUGUGAGCCUUGGAAAGCUGUCCUUUGCAUAUUGCCUAUAGAUCUGUUCAUUUCUGCAAACAUGUUUGCUUUGGGUUGGUUCCCGCUGAUGCAUUCUCACCCCAACCCCAGUUGCACUCGCGGGGCGUGGGUCACGAGUCGGCAACCCAGGCUUCCUCUCCGCCAGACGUUUGCCCAGGUUAAAUCUGCGAGGCUCAUCCUGUAUUUGCAUGAAUGCAAAUUUCACAGUGUCUCUGGCAGACAGCCAAGCCAGGUGUGCUCCUCUAAGCAUGGUAUUCAACCCUGGCAUUGCUGAGCACACGCUAAAUCUCUCCCCUUGGAGUUCAGAGCAGUGGAGUAGAUUUGCACCUUUAGGAACCUCUUGGCUCUGCUGUGCUGGAAAGGUGGAGGGUCCUUUCCUACCUCCAUUCUUGGUGACACACUGCGGCCUAAAAGCCCACCUCUGAAAUUGCUGACCAAGUCACAACACUUUCGCCUGACUGUACCAGAUGUUUCCUUCCAUCCAAAGCUCCCGAUCACCUAAUCUGUAGAAGUCACAAACACACACACACACACAGAGUUCAUUAUAUAUAAGGUACUCCUCCCCUUUGUGUACAAAACGAAGUAAAAUACAACUGGGAAAAGAACUUGGCCUUGUGGUGCAGGAAGGGGCAAAUCUACUGCCAGUUAGGUUGUGCGUUGCACCGAGCUGGCGCUGCUCGGCCCUGCGUGCGCCGGAGAACCGCCGGUGCCGAGACGAGGCACCCGCCUGGUCACCAGUUCCGUGUGAACCACCCAGGAGCCUCUGUGAAGGUGCCAUUUUGUGCUAGACGCUCCCAAGCGGCUGCGUUCGGAGGGGAAGGGACGCCGUUCCAACCCCUCGGGUGCGUUUCGGCGUGUUGCUUCGCCUCCCAACCUGGCCAGGUGACACCAUCCAAGUGCCAUUACUGCGAAUUGGAAUGCUGACGCUCCUUACAGACGCUUCUCCUAUGAGUCUUUGAAGCUGCAUGGUCCCCCUCGCAGGUUUCACCUCUUGGCCUUCUGGGGAAUUCCUUUGGCAGGCGUUUUUUUCCGGGUGCCGUUGAGGGGCGGAAGGAGGGAAGGAAACGUCCAUGCAGGGGGUCCCAUUUGACAGUUCUGUAGGUGAAGCUUUUGCCCCCCACCCACCCCCUUUCCCAAGCUCAGGAAUGUGCAAGGCAGUCAAACCGCCCUCCUCUGCUCUGGGCUUGCAUUGCAGCGUGUGCUCCAGGUUCUCGUGGCAAAUCCUUUCAUUGAAAUCCUAGGUAUCUUUUAGCAUGGAGAGGCCUUAUAGUGAGUUGUUUUAAGUGCACAUAUUUUUUGUUUUGUUUCGAAAACACUAAAAAGAAUUAAGAUGGGGAAAAUAUAUAUACUAUAUAAAUAUAUAGAGAUAUCUAGAAACUUGAUGUUUGGCACACAAGUUCUUCAGUGUUGAAUCACUUAACCGUUGCAGGUACCGUUUGUGUAACUUCUUUCCCCCCUUUUAUGUAUAUUCCUCGAUAGGAAGGCCAUGUUGCCAUGAUUUUUUUUUAAGAGAGAGAGAGAAACUUUAGAGUUAUUUCCUGGAGGUAAAUGAACUUUUACAUUUUCUUGCAUAUUACCAUGUUCAGUACUAUUGUUUUUUUAAUGGUUCAUGGAACUUAACAGGGGAUUAAACAUGUUUGUGUAUGUGUAUAUGUAUAUGUGUAUAUAUAUAUAUAUAUGUAUACGUAUAUACAUAUAUAUAAAAAGUCAACCCUGUAAAGCAGCAGCAUCGCUGCACACAUAACAGCUAAAAAAAUGCACAAACCUCCCAAUGGCUCUAAAACUGAAUCUCUUUUUGUGCCACUCUUAUUUAUAUGAAGGUAUCACUCUCGGCCGUCAUCCAUUCUCCUCUUCUGUGUCAACUUCUUUUUUUCCUUUUUUGGGUGUGUAUCCUGCAUUGCACCAGCCUUCAGUGCUCAAUUUUAUUCUUUGUAACCAUCAACCAUACCGAAUAUGUUUGUAACCAACAUUGUGAUAUUCUGUAACUGUAUUGCUAAAAUGAAUUAUUGAAUUAAUAAACGUAGUGUUCCUGCGUUUC